AGCACCCUUCUCCCUCCUCCCCUGACCCACUGUCACCUGUGUCCUCCGUGGUGCAUUGCCACGAAGUCUUGCCCUCGUUUGUUCAGUGAUCCUGCGUGCCAUGCACUUUGCGAGAAACUUCCAGGGUGGCAAAGAAGGAGGCUUGACGUGACCCAUCAUGACUCCCACGGAAUUCACAAUCUUUAUUCCUAAUAUGUCUGACGACUACAGCUACGAGUCCACAUCGUCCGUGGACGACUACAUGAACUUCAACUUCACUGAACUCUUCUGUAAGAAAAACAACGUCAGGCAGUUUGCGAGCCACUUCCUCCCUCCCCUGUACUGGCUCGUGUUCAUCGUGGGCACCUUGGGCAACAGCCUGGUCGUCCUCGUCUACUGGUACUGCACCAGAGUGAAGACCAUGACCGACACGUUCCUUUUGAAUUUGGCAAUUGCUGACCUUCUCUUUCUCAUGACUCUUCCCUUCUGGGCCAUCGCCGCUGUUGACCAGUGGAAAUUCCAUACUGUCAUGUGCAAGGUCGUCAACGGCAUGUACAAGAUGAACUUCUACAGCUGCGUGUUGCUGAUCAUGUGCAUCAGCGUGGACAGAUACAUCGCCGUUACCCAGGCCACUAAAGCCCAGACCUGGAGGCGGACAAGGCUUCUGUACAGCAAGAUGGUUUGCUUGAGCAUCUGGGUGGUGGCAGUAGCACUCUGCAUCCCGGAAAUCCUGUACAGCCAGGUCCAGAGGGAAUCUGACCUCACCAUCUGCACCAUGGUCUACCCUAGGGACGACAGUAUCAGACUGAAGUUAACCGUCCUGACCCUGAAGGUCAUCUUGGGGUUCUUCUUGCCCUUUAUGGUCAUGGUUUGCUGCUACACCAUUAUCAUCCACACCCUGAUGCAAGCCAAAAAGUCGUCCAAGCACAAGGCCCUCAGGGUGACCAUCACUGUCCUUACCGUCUUUGUCUUAUCUCAGUUCCCCUACAACUGCAUUCUGUUGGUGCAGACCGUAGAUGCCUACACCAGGUUCAUUUCCAACUGUGCCAUCUCCACCAACAUCGACAUCUGCUUCCAGGUCACCCAGGUCAUGGCCUUCUUCCACAGCUGCCUGAACCCCGUUCUCUAUGUUUUCGUGGGGGAGAGAUUCCGCCGGGAUCUUGUGAAAACCCUGAAGAACUUGGGUUGCAUUAGCCAGGCCCAGUGGGUCUCGUUCACGAGGAGAGAGGGCAGCUUGAAACUGUUAUCGAAUUUGCUGGACACCACCAGCUCCCUGUGAGGGCGCCUCUCUCUGAAGCAGAUGGUCCUUUCGGAAGUAAGGAGACACAGUUUACCCACCGAGGGGGCCAGGGAGAAACCAAAGAGUAAAAUGGAAACGAGAAAAAAAAAAAUGUCAGAAAGGAAUUCAAACUGAAUAUAUUUUCCAAAACAGAGUUUUCAAAACUGACCAUUCUAGAAGGCCACCGACUGACCCUCAUCUGUGAUCAUUGCAGUUUUCAGGGGAAGAUUAGUGACCAGCAGUGAGGCCCACCCUGGCUUUGCACUUGACUGGACAUUCAUGUCAUUGGCCUCUGGAGCAGGUGCUGGAUUUUCUAGGGCCUGUGAAUUGCUGUGACUUCCAAAAGGGGACUCAGGAGCACUGCCCACUACCAUAGUCCACAAAGGCAGAAGGUUUCAUGAAAGCUCCCAUCUUUGGGAAGUUUCCUCCCUGGUUUUGGGCCAAACACCCAUGUCACAUCUUACAGAUUUGUGAUCUUGACUUUUUCCAAACCAUCUCAGACCUAAUUCUCCCCUGGUCUCCUUGAUCCCUUCUGGGCCGGGGGUGGGGGUGCGUGUAGGGGCCCUUGUUCCUGUUUUGAAAUUUGUCUGCAGGAUGAGCAGUGAGCCUCCUGGACAACUGGCCACACCACCAGGAGUCUGUUGGCUUCUAAGUCAUUUAUGUGACCUGAUGGAGGUUCUGUGACUCACCUUGGGGUUGAUGUGGGUGAGGAUUCAGGUGGUCCACUGAUACCCUGACAGGGAGAUUGACAGUCUGGAUUAGUGGGCACCAGCCCUGGCGUGGUGGCAGCCUCUCUCAGCUGAGUGGCACUUGCGGUUGGUCCACCCUGUCUGCUCCCUGUCUGCUCCCUAUCAGAUGGGCUGGCUCUUUGGUCCUUUGGUCCUCUUCCUUGAGGCUACUGGAAGGGAUUCUGCCUCUGGGAUGCAUCUCCUUUUCUCAUUCCAUAGAGCUAAUGUUUAAAAAGCUUUCAACUUUGGAGAUUAGGCUGAAAGAUGUGUAAUAUAACUCACUUUUGGGGGGUAUGUACAGGGGAUUGAACUCAGGGGCACUGGACCACUAAGCCACAUCCCCAGCUCUGUUUUGUAUUGUAUUUAGA